UGGUCCAGCAAGGAUGCUGCUUACUGCAACGCCCUCCGCUCCUACUCCCGCUGCACCCGCAAGACAUCCCGGACCUGCCGGGGGAACCUGGUCUACCACUCGGCCGUCCACGGCAUUGAGGACCUCAUGAUUCAGCACAACUGCUCCAAGGAAGGCCCCACCGCGCCGCCCCGGCCCGUGGUGCCCAGCCACCAGGGGAUUGAGUCGCUGGACAUGUGCGACUACGAGAAGAGUUUUCUCUACAAGCACGGCCAGCUUCCCGUCUACCAGCACUGCGCGGCUUUUGGGGACCCCCACGUCCGCACUCGGGUGGAGGGCGCCUGGCCUCUGCUGGACAAUAACUACUUGUUUGUGCAAGCCACUAGCUAUCCGGUGGCCAAAGGUUCCAACGCGACUGCCACCGGCAAGCUCACGAUCAUCUUUAAGAACAUGAAGCAAUGCAUCGACCAGAAGGUCUACCAGGCCGAAAUAGACAACCUGCCGGCUGCCUUCGAGGACGGCUCGGUGAACGGUGGGGAGAGGCCAGGGGGCAGCAGUUUGACCAUCCGGGAGCGCAUGUCCGGGCAGCACGUGGAGAUCCGGGCCGCCUACAUCGGCACCACCAUCGCCGUGCGCCAGGCGGGCCGGCAGCUGUCGUUCUCCAUCCGGGCAGCCGAGGAGAUCGCGCGGGCCUUCACUGACGAGCAGGACCUGCAGCUCUGUGUGGGCGGCUGCCCGCCCAGCCAGCGCCUCUCCCGCAGCGAGGGUCGCCGCGGUGGGAUGGCCGCGGAAGUGGCUCGCAUGCUGUGCAAGGAGAAGCUGCCGGUAGAGGACGUCUACUUCCAGUCCUGUGUCUUCGAUGUGGUAACCUCAGGAGAUGCCAAUUUCACCCUGGCAGCCCACGGAGCUCUGGAGGACGCAAAAAUGUUCCACCCAGAUGCUGAGAAAUUGCACAUCUUCCAGACUGGGGCAGGCUGCCAUCUCCUCUCCCUACCCUUCCUCCUUGUCGUCGUCAUCACCGCUAACCUCUUGGCUGUUCAGUUGCUCUGUUAACGCUCUUGUCUAGCAGGUAACACAAAGGGCCCAAGCGGAUGACAGGAAGAACGUCACUGACCCAAGAACCUAUAGCUGCUCUGGGGCAUACACACUGGGGGGCGAGGAGGGUUAGACAUCCCAUGAAAGGAAAGGGUGCUUGCACCUAGGAUCCAGCAUUGCAGGAGGUGGAACGAAAUGGAACCAAACUGGCAGAAGGCCCAGGUCUUCAAGGAAAGGCUGGGAAAUAGCAGCUCACAUUUUCCAGUCCUCAGCGUGCUUGAGUAGUUGAGUUUUGUUCUGCUCCCGAAUGUUAGUGGAAUUUUCCCACCAUGGAUUCUGAUACUUUUUUUCCCCCCCUCACUUAAUAAACGUGGGGAAGCUGCUGUCACAUAGGGGAGGAAAAACCCAUGUGGGGACUUAACUUCUAUUUUCGUUACUUCUGAUCAUGCGCCUGAACGACACCUGAUUUUUCUGAGUUUCUGCCAGUCUUGUGCGAAGCGAGUCGCGGCCCCACAAGAUAGGGGUCCUUGUAAAUUACCUGCUUGGGUUUUCUCCACUUGAGUUCCAGCCUGGUUGUAGUAGACACUUGCUCAGGAACCUGCCAAAGUCAGAAAUGAAUGAGCUGUCACCCGGAUUCCAAGCUUUUGGACGGCAAAACGUGUUGGUUUGUAGCGCCAGACGUUCUGGGGAAAGCUGCUGCCGAAACGGCAUUGAAACGAAGAAAAAGUAGCCAAAGGGUAACCAGGUCUUGCUCAAAGUUUGGAUCCCUUGAACUACUUGGGCUAGGGACAACUAUUUUCUACUGUAUUCUCCUUGUUUAGACUAUUGCUGUAAUGCUGACUUGUAGCCCUUGUGUCUGCAAAAGUGUCAGAUUUCCUAAGUUUCCCUUUAAAACAGUCAUCAAAGCAUUGCAGGUUUCUUUAUUCUUUUUGGCACCAGUCUUGGACUGAAGAUAGCUAGCAAGUCCCAGACUUUGGACCGAGGUUGGCUUUUUCUCUAUGUCUUGUUGAGACUCCUCUAAUUUCUCCCUUUUUGUAGCCCACGCUUA